CUGCAAACAGCAAGACCUGCUGAGUGCUGGAUAGCUGGACUUCGUACAGUGGAGUUUCGUUUAAGGUUAGGUUAUCCAACACUUAAGAUUAUUUCGCACAUGCGGAAAAAGUACCAUUAUGAUCGAAGUUACGAAUCAGAAUUUUAACCAGGUGUAUCCGCACUUGGAGGCAACGUUGAAAAAAGCGAGUUUCGUAGCGAUCGAUGGAGAAUUCACAGGUAUAGAAGGCAUUGAUAGGAAAAAUAGCUUGUUCGACGCCGUACACGAAUGUUACGAGAACAACAGGAGCAAUAUUCAGCCGCAUAUAAUAAUUCAAUUCGGUAUCUCGGCAUUUGAACGAGUUCACGAUGAAAAUACAUACACCGCGGAGGUUUUCAAUUUCUUUCUAUUGCCUAGAUCCAUACCGUCAAAAAAUAGACAAUUUCUUUGGCAAAUUUCAUCGUUAGAGUUCCUGACUGUAUACAACUUUGAUUUCAACAAACUUGCCUAUGAAGGUAUUUCCUAUCUUGAUCAAAUCGAUGAGGAAAUUUUACGGCAACAGAUACAGGAGAAUAUGUUGCUGGAAAAUGUGGAGCAAUCUAUCUCUUACAAAGAGGAAGAUGAUUUUAAAGAUACACUCACUCAAGUAUUUCAAUGGCUGAACAAUGCUAGUGAUAGAACAAACUCAUUUAAAAUUGAAUCCCUUACUCCAACUUUGCAGUAUUUUAUGCACAAAGAGUUGAGAAAACGUUUUCCAAAUAUUUGGACUCUCUCAGGGGACAAUAUGGUAACUGUGAUUAAAGUGCCACCAGAGUCGAGAAAAAUGUUAGAACAAGAAGAAGACUCUAUAUUAGAAAAUGUAUUGCUCGAGACAUAUAUAGGUUUUUCAAAAGUAUUUAAGCUUUUGGUUACUCUGAAGAAACCUAUAAUUGCGCAUAAUCCUUUUUUAGAUUUUAUGUUUAUGCAUCAACAAUUUUAUAAACCAUUACCACGAAGGUAUGCUGAUUUCAAAAAUAAUAUACAUCAAUUGUUUCCAACAAUUUAUGACACAAAAUUUUUAAGCUUUAAAGCAAAAGAUAUUCUUCCAGGAGAAAAGUGGAAACGUAAUAUUCUAAGUGACUUAGUCAAUUAUUUUACAGAGAAUAAUGGAAAACGUAUAGUAUUAGGCUCACCUAUUGUUAAACUUACAAAUUUAAACGAAUCAGAUGAUAUUGCCUCUUCUAAGAGAUAUCACACUGCAGGAUGGGAUGCUUACUUUGCUGGUUACAUAUUUAUUAGAAUAGCUCAUUUAUUCGCUUCAAAUCGUUAUGAAGAAUGUUCAAAGCAAUUUACACAUUCAGAAUUAAUGAGUGCCAUAAAAAGUUUUACAAACUGUGUAAAUAUAACACGCGGUAGUACUCUAUAUUUGAGAUUUGAUGCGCGUGAUCCUGAAUCGAGUCGACCAAAAUGGCUUUAUGUGAAAGCACUAUCGACGCAACCGAUUAGUGCCUUACAGAUAGCUGAAAAAAUGUCGAGAUUUGGCAUCGUUGACGUGAAGCAGUACACACCGCAGCGCGCAUUAGUUGCAGUAGCAAGUCAUGGAAGCGCACGAGAUAUAUUGCAACACUUCAAGCAAAAUAAAGAGUUGUAUGUAGUCCCGUAUAAUCCAAUACGGCAUUCACGCUCGAUUCAACUUAUUUUAUGAUGUUCUGGUAUGUUGAAGAACUUCUUAGGAGAACACCAAUGGGCUUCAACUUUAUAGCAAACACUGGCGUGCAUGUACGACGGCUGCCAAAGAUGUUUACGUGUGUCGUGAUCCAGUACCGUUUUUAUAAGUUUGAGAAAUGUCGUCCGCCCACGUUGACGUUAUAUUUUCUGUAUUUGUACACGUUGAUCGUUCGCCAGAAUUGCAUUUGCGUAUGCGGAGAUGCAUAUGAGAUUGAUAUCUCAAUGCGAUUUUUUUCGACGCGUUAAGUCAUCAAAUUAUAAAACGCAGUAUGUUAAAUAAACUUGUGGGACAGUAAGGGAGAGAUAUUAAAUAAUAUAAGUGUAUAUUAUCUAAUUAAUCUCACUAGAAAUUAAACUGUUAUGUAAGGUCUUACUCUCCUUCACGUAUUUGUAUCUCAAGGAUUAAAGUAUAUUUAGUAUUAAAAUUUUGAAAAGGAGGAUAUUUACACAAUUUUUAUUACAAAAGAAUUAACUGCAAAUUUGUUUAAAUGUAUCUUUAAAAUAUGACAAUAAUGAAUGUUUUGCAAUAAAAAUCUUGCGAUAUAUAAUCGUGAUCCAUUACAAAAA